AUGACUUCAAAAAUUCACAAUGAUAACGACAAUGCUACCGAGAGAACUCCAUUAGAUGAUCGUCAAAAUGAAGUAGAAGAUAUUGAAAGAAUCCCCCAAGAUCGUUUCAAGAGUGACUCAAGGCAACUAGUAGACAGAUUAAUUAAGUUAGGGGUAGUCGUUCUUUUACUUGUAUGGGGUUCUUUACUCCUUGUUAAGACUUUAAAAAGUAACAAUACUGAACCUGAGAGUGUCCCACAAUAUUCAUUCCCAAAUCCAAAUGUAACAGUAGACGGAAAACUGAAAGUAUCGUUUCCAAAUGUCAGAAAUGGGACAUUUAAGCCAAAGAUGCAUAAUAUUCAGUGGCUGAUACAUUCAACUGAUAUAUCAGAUGAUAAAGGGUUAUAUGUGACUUGGCAAGAUGAUUCAUAUGUUAUUAAAUCUGUAUCUGACAAACAUUUUGAAAAAGUGCUUUUAAAGGGUAAGACGUUUGUCCAAGAUGGCCACAAUAUGACAAUUGACAACAUUGUAGCAUCACCAGAUUUGAAGAAAUUAUUGGUGAAAACAAAUACAAUUAAAAAUUGGAGACACUCUACAAUAGCAUCAUAUUUUGUAUAUGAUAAGUCAAGUCAAACAUUUAGCCACAUUGGUGAUCAUAUUACUUUGGCAGAAUGGUCCCCAAAUGCUAUUGAUAUUGCGUACAUUCAAGAUAAUGAUAUAUUCUUGUACUCAACCGAGAGAGGAAAAACAACCGAACAAAUAACUAGUGAUGGUAGUUCUCAAAUAUUUAAUGGAAGACCAGACUGGGUUUAUGAAGAAGAAGUCUUUGAAUCUGAUAAAGCGUUAUGGUGGUCCCCCGACGGUAGUUAUAUUGCAUUCUUAAAGAUUGAUGAAACUGAUGUUAAAGAGUUCACAAUUCCGUAUUAUGUUCAAGAAGAAAAUAGCAUAUAUCCAGAAAUGCGAAGCAUCAAAUAUCCAAAGAGUGGUCAAUCGAACCCACUAGUGGAUUUAUACGUUUAUAGUACUAGCGAUAAGGUUAGCUUUCCUGGACACACAAGCAAAUACUUCCAAGAUUCUGAUAACCUUAUCACAGAAGUUAUUUGGGUAGGUAGAGAUAAUGUUAUUGCUAAAGUUAGUGAUAGAUCUCAAGACCUAUUAAAGAUCCUUGAGGUUGAUGCUAACAAAAGAACUACUGAGGUGACCAGAAUUGAAUCCUCUCAAGGGGGAUGGUGGGAAGUAACACACAAUACGAUCCAUAUUCCAAGCAAUCAAAAGUUUAAUAGACCAGAAAACGGUUAUAUUGAUAUUCUACCUAUUAAUGGAUUUAACCAUUUAGUUUAUUUUUCACCAAUCAAUUCCACAAAACCGUUAAUAUUGACUAAAGGAAAUUGGGAAGUUGUAAAUGGUGCAGCAGCAUUUGAUUAUGAUACGAAUCGUGUCUAUUUUAUUAGUACUAAAAAAUCUUCCAUGGAAAGACACUUGUAUUAUGUCAAAAUAGACCGUCCAGGUAUUGUUCAUAAGGUGACAGAUACUUCUGAAGACGGUGUCUUUAGUGCUACAUUCUCUUCAAGUGCUAGGUUUAUGUUGUUAACAUGUAGUGGCCCAGAUGUUCCAUAUCAGAAGAUUGUGGACCUUAGAAGUACCAAAAAGGAUAAGCAUAUUAGAGGGAAUGUCCUAGGAGAAACUUUGUACUAUUUGGAGAAAAAUGAAGAAUUGUCUGAGAUGACAGAAUUAUACAAACUACCAACUAAAAAAUUCAAUGAAUUAAACUUAGGGAAAGAUGCAAAUGGAGAUGAUAUUAUUGUUAAUUCAUUUGAAAUUUUGCCUAAUGAUUUUAAUAGAAAUUUAAAGAAUCACUACCCUGUUUUCUUCUAUGCUUAUGGUGGCCCAAAUUCACAACAAGUCGUUAAGACCUUUGGUGUGGGAUUCAACGAAAUUGUAGCAUCUCAAUUGGGCGCCAUUAUUGUUGUUGUAGAUGGCCGUGGAACUGGAUUUAAAGGUAGAGCAUUUAGAUCCUUAGUGCGUGACAACCUAGGUGACUAUGAAGCACAGGACCAAAUUGCUGCAGCAGCAUAUUAUGGAAGCAAAUCUUAUGUUGAUUCUGAAAAGAUUUCUUUAUUUGGUUGGUCAUAUGGUGGUUACCUAACUCUCAAGACUUUAGAACGUGAUGGUGGGGAACAUUUCAAGUAUGGGAUGUCUGUAGCACCUGUCACUGAUUGGAGAUUGUACGAUUCCGUAUAUACCGAACGUUACAUGCACACUCCACAAGAAAACGAAGAAGGCUAUGAUAAUUCUAAAGUGAACAAUGUUACGUCUAUUGGACAAGCUCAAAGAUUUUUAUUAAUGCAUGGUACAGGUGAUGAUAAUGUUCAUUUCCAAAAUAGUUUAAAGUUUUUGGACGAACUGAACUUGAAUAACAUAGAGAACUACGAUGUACAUGUUUUCCCAGAUUCUGACCAUAGUAUCAGUUAUCAUAAUGCCAAUAAGAUAGUUUACGAUAAAUUGUUUAAUUGGAUCAAACAUGCAUAUCUCGGAGUUUACCUUUUAUAG